AUGCGCUAUUUAGCCUCAUCAGCGAUUAAUUUCAGUAUCUGGUCUUCCGAUCCACAGCUGAUAGGAACAAAUGUUUUCGUUAGGGCACCGCCUAAGGCGACAGUCGCCCGUCUACUGCAAUAUAUUCACUGUGAGUUGCAUCAACGCGGCGUGAACUCAUUGGGGGGCCCUCAAGAAUAUGAAUUAUUUUACAGGGCUGGUCCAUUAGAUUUAGCGUUGUCCCUGCAAGAUAUUGAACCCCAAUAUUCAGGAGUAGUUCGGCUACGUUUGGAAAAAAGAGCGAGUAAUUCGGGACCUGCAAUAAACUUGGAGUAUGAUGGGGAGUCUGAAUUGACGCUCACCAAAGUUGAAUUUCAAAUGAACAUAUUAUCUAUGGAUAAGAUUAUGAGCCAUCUAGAGAGCAAUGUGUCAUUGAGUUGUUCACUCUCUAAACUUAAGAGGACAGCUAUACAUAUUUUGAACGACUAUGAAAACAGCAACCCAAAAAACAUUUGUAGUGUAAAGAAUCACACCGUUGAGGAUUUGGCAGGCUUUGAUAUUGUUGGCCGGUUGCAUCCAAUGUUUCUGGCGUUAGAUGACGCGCACAAUGACUUGCGUUUGUGUGAUCUGUUAGGGUUCGACUUUGCACCAGAUAAAUCCAGUUAUUGUUCGGUUAUGUUCAAAGUUCGGCAUGAUCAAGGCUUUGAAGAUGGAAUUCGCAUCGAAUUCGUGUCAGACUCAAAACUAUCCAUAAAUCAUAUGAUGGUCACGCCAGAAACAACCGUAGAACAAGUGAAAGAGUUUAUUUGCUCGGUUUACGGGCACGCGCUUAGAUUGACACCACUGGACGUAAAAUUGAUCUAUAAGGGCCAAUUAUUGCAUGACAAAAAUUACGCUGGAAGGUCAUCUAAAGUCUUAGAGUACAUUUCGGAAAGUCGAGGAGCUAAAGUUCACGUUCAGAUCAAUCAGGAGUAUACAGAACCAGGCCCGGGAUUUUGGAGUGAGUUAUUCAAUAGCCCAGAUAGAUUUUCUUUUAUGAAUGGCCGCUCUUCCUCAUCAGAGGCACCAAGUAUUUCACAAGAUACGGCCGCUAUCCCUGAGCCUGCCAUGCUACAAAGAGAAAAUAAUUUAUCUCAAAGAAGCGAGCAGCAUAUUGACUGUGAUCACCAAUUCGUUACAGAUUCUGGCUCCGCAAUUGAACGGACAGGGUUGAAAUACGAGAAAAUCUUAGUCUCAGGUCAAGAAUUCUUUGUCCCCACGCAUAAAUUCGAGCGCACUCAACACUACAUCGAGGUAAUGGGACACCAAAUUGCUGUUUCCAUCGAUGAUUAUGUUAUCGCCCAAGGAUCGAUGAUUUUAUCUCCCCAUGUCAUUCGACAAAUUGAGUCCAUAACAGGAAGGCAAAUAAUGAAAUUUGAUCUUAAGCCGUCUACGCCUAUGCCCACGCCAACUGUUCAAGACCAUACGAUAAACAACGUAGUAUUAGAGGAGAACCAGCGCAUCACACGGAUCAAGCUAUGGAUCGAAACUAUCAUGAAAACAAUAUAUCUCAUGCUUAGAAAUUCCGUUUUGUUGUUCAUCAUAUUCCUGCAGGUAGCCAAUUUUGUGCCAACGUAUUACACACUCAUUGGGAUAGUUUUUAUUCUAAUUCGCGCUUUAUGGUGCACUACGGAGAUAUGGGAUUUAUGGCGUGAACUUCUUAGUCAUGGGCAAGUGGAACGGCUAACCACUGGGGAAAUUGCGAGCUUAGAAAGAACACUUGAUAAUCAUUUGACAAAAAGAUUUUUUUCCAGAUUCGCGGGGAGUCUAGCGGUUAGAGAUGCAUUGAUGGUGAGAUUACAAAAUGAUGCGACGCUAAGGUCCGCUUUGGCUACAGAAUAUAGACUAGACAGCGCAGAGUCCCUCAAUAUUUUCGUGCCACAGUUGCUUGAAUCAUGCACUGGCACGCAAUUCGAUGAGGUUCCAAUUACAUCGUUAAAGCUGCUGUUUGAUCCCCUCAUCACAGAAGUCGCUUCUCAGCUGCAUGACAUUUCAGGACUGAGUGACGCGGCACUUGAGUUUUUGACACAAUUGAGAAGACACGCAUAUCAGAUUUCAAAUCUCCCUUGGCACCGCAAUGCCAUGCGAUGGUUUCGCAUUCAUCGGCCGUGGCAUUUUGUGAUCGACUUCUACAACGGCGGACUGAUGAGACAUCUAGUGACCGACCCCAGAAGGGAUAAUAUAGUUGUUGCAACUUUGAAGCACAUACUUCUUUUCUUCUUUCUGUUUUGGCCUAAAUUCCAGGUUCAGUUCGAAGACAUCAUCGCUGAGAGAGCGACAGAGCAGAGCUCCGCAUCUUUAGAGCAGAAUGACUUGCCUCAAGUCGUAGAAGAAGUUUUGCCUCAGCCUGUGGGCGAGAUUGCAACGGGUGCAGAAAUCAGACCCAAUUGA